ACCAAAGCUUUUGGAAUCAGGAACUGCUGCGGCCAAUGAGUUCCCUAAUUAACCCCUUGGAAGAUAAAAAUGAACAGCCCUUUCAAUAAGAUACUCUGGACAAACUGGAACAUUCUGCCAUGGAUUGCUUCCACUGCUGGAACUGACGUUCUGCAUCUUGGCAGGCCAUUCACUAGCAACCUGUCUCAGUGAUCUCCAGUUUUCUCAGUAACCCUUGAAGGACUCAGACCCCGGCAGCCCAGGUGCAGAACUCAGCAGUUUCAGCAGUUGCCCACGGAAUACUGGAUGUAUCAGCAUCUGGUGCCGGGACUUUAUGCUAAGUCGAGGACGCUGCUCCUACUUCUAAUCUAUGGCUGGUAACCCUGCCUUAGAGGUUAUAAAAUGCAAAGCAGCUGUGCUAUGGGAACAGAAUAAACCCUUCUCCAUUGAGGACAUAGAAGUUGCCCCACCAAAGGCUAAAGAAGUUCGCAUUAAGAUUUUGGCCACAGGAAUCUGUCGCACAGACGACCACGUGAUAAAAGGAGCAAUGGCGUCUAAGUUUCCAGUAAUUGUGGGACAUGAAGCCACUGGGGUUGUAGAGAGCACUGGAGAAGGAGUCACUACGGUGAAACCAGGUGACAAAGUCAUCCCUCUCUUCCUGCCACAGUGUAGAGAAUGCAAUGUCUGCUGCAACCCGGACGGCAACCUCUGUAUCAGGAGCGAUGUCACCGGCCGUGGAGUCCUCGCUGAUGGCACUACCAGAUUUACAUGCAAGGGCAAACCCGUCUAUCACUUCAUGAACACCAGCACGUUUACUGAGUACACGGUGGUGGACGAGUCUUCCGUAGCUAAGAUUCAUGACUCAGCUCCUCCUGAGAAGGUCUGUCUGAUCGGCUGUGGAUUUUCCACGGGAUACGGGGCUGCUGUUAAAACCGCCAAGGUUGCACCUGGUUCUACUUGUGUUGUCUUCGGCCUGGGAGGAGUUGGCCUAUCUGUCAUCAUGGGCUGUAAGUCGGCUGGUGCCUCCAGGAUCAUCGGGAUUGACCUCAACAAAGACAAAUUUGAGAAAGCCAUGGCUGUAGGAGCCACCGAGUGCCUCAGCCCCAAGGACUCUUCCAAGCCUAUCAGUGAGGUGCUGUCGGAAAUGACAGGCAACACUGUGGGCUAUACCUUUGAGGUCAUUGGGCGUCUCGAAACCAUGGUCGAUGCCUUGGCAUCCUGCCACAUGAACUAUGGGACCAGUGUGGUAGUCGGCGCUCCUCCGUCAGCCAAGAUGAUCACCUAUGACCCGAUGCUGAUUUUCACAGGACGCACAUGGAAGGGGUGUGUCUUUGGAGGUUGGAAAAGCAGAGAUGAUGUCCCAAAACUCGUGACUGAUUUUCUGGCAAAGAAAUUUGACCUGGACCAGUUGAUAACCCACGUGUUACCUUUUAAAAAAAUCAAAGAAGGAUUUGAACUGCUCUAUUCAGGGCAAAGCAUUCGUACUGUCCUGACGUUUUGAGAUCCUCAGUGGCAGGAGGUCUGUCUUGUGCACUGAUGACCUGGAGCCUCCCUUUCUACACAUCCCUCCUCUGAGAUCAUGGGUCCGUCUCACAGAUAGAAGCAGAAGUGGAAUAUUUGGUGAAGAUAUAAAAGCUUUAUGAAGGCUUAUGCACCUUUCUAAAUAUUUAGAGUCUUAUGAGCACCUGGGAAUUAGCAGGGAGCUUAAUAGCAAUAUUUUAAAACUUAAUUUACAUUUUACAAGGCUGUAAUUAUAUAUUUGAAAACACAUAUACUUGGAUUUGUAUGUUGGAAUAGAAAUGUCUUUAGCUCCUACAUGUUAAAACUGAUAUAGCAUAUAAAGAUAUGGUAAUUGUAUUUCCUAAAUAUAUUCAUUUAAUACUUUGUAACCAUUUUUUAUUGGAAUGUGAUUGUUAAAAAAAGCACUUGUCAUAAAUUAACUUGGAUUAGGUUUUGAAAUCAGCUCAUUGCAUCAUACUUUGCUUAAUUAGAUUAAGAAAGAAAUAGGGUUAUUUAAGGGAAGGGCAUUUUUUCAAAGAUUAAGAAUCAUCAUUAUAUAACAUGAUGAAACUGAAAAAGUGGCUAUCCAAUUUUCCC